UGACCUGGGCCUGACCCCAGACACUUGCCUGACUUCCAAACAUGUGCCCUUUCUCCACCACCUGAUGCUCUUCCAUUGCCUUGCUGGUCCCCUUCUGCAGGCAGGAUGGCCAGUACGGAUCUCAGAACGUGUCAACCUGCUGACACUAGAUCCGUCACCUUAGUGUGCAGCCGAGGAAGCACCUGGGCAUCGGCUUACUAAUUCGAGGGACCAAUGAAUUAUUCACUGUGCCAUUAACUCUGGGGCCCUCUCAGCCUCACCUCUCUUUCCCUUGCUCCGGACCCUCGGAUCUCAGCCCACUCAAGCUCUGUGGCCCCCAUUGUGUGGGGAGCUCCUUGGCAAAGAGAUGCUGGCAAGACUGGGAUCCUGCCUGCUGCUGGCAGUCACCCUGAUGAGCCUAGGCCCCAGGGUCCAUGGCAUGAAAGGUGUCAAGUGCGGAGGUGUGCUCUCAGCACCUUCUGGAAACUUCUCCAGCCCCAACUUCCCUAGGCUGUACCCCUACAACACGGAGUGCAGCUGGCUGAUCGUGGUGGCCGAGGGCUCAUCUGUGCUGCUCACUUUCCACGCCUUUGACCUGGAGUACCAUGACACCUGCGGCUUUGACUUCCUGGAAAUCUACAACGGGGCCUCGGGAGACCAGGGCAACCUUCUGGGAAGGUUCUGUGGCCAGGUGCCCCCACCACCCUUCACCUCCUCCUGGCACAUCAUGUACAUCAUCUUCCACUCAGACAAGCACGUGGCCAGUCGCGGAUUCUCCGCACACUACCAGAAAGAUGUGUGUGGUGGUGUCCUGACAGGCCUGUCAGGAGUCCUUACCAGCCCUGAGUACCCCAACAACUACCCCAACAGCGUGGAGUGCCACUGGGUGAUCCGGGCUGCUGGUCCUGCCACCGUCAAGCUGGCCUUUGAGGACUUCCAGGUGGAGGGUAGCGAGGACUGCACCUAUGACUACGUGGCUAUCCUAGGGGGGCCUGGCCCUGUCCAUGGGCACCACUACUGCGGUAACGCCAGGCCCCCCACGCUGGUGUCGCUGGGCCAUGAGUUACAAGUGGUCUUCAAGUCUGACUUCAACAUUGGAGGCCGUGGUUUCAAAGCUUACUACUUCUCAGGAGAGUGCCAGGAGGUGUUUGUGGCCGUGCGGGGCAACUUCUCUAGCCCGCAGUACCCCAGCUCCUACCCCAACAACAUCCGGUGCCACUGGACCAUCCGCCUGCCUCAUGGCUACCGGGUCAAGGUGUUCUUCCUGGACCUGGAUUUGGAAGAACCCAACAGUCUGACCCGGACCUGUGACUUUGACCAUCUGGCAGCCUUCGAUGGGGCCAAUGAGGAGGCUCCCCUGAUUGGGAGUUGGUGUGGUCACCAUCUGCCACCGCCCAUCACCUCCAGCCACAACCAGCUCCUGCUCCUGCUGCACACGGACCGUAGCACCGCCCGCAGGGGCUUUGCUGUGGCCUACAUCGGAGUGGUGCCCAUGAAUGUGAGCUGCUCCCGCACAGACUUCCAGAUCCUCAUCUCGGCGCAGGCGCUGGCCCCACUGGAACGCACCAAGGUCUAUCUGGGCAGCCACAACUGUGCUGCCCAGGAGGUGGGCAACAGCUUCAGGAUCCAGGCCCGCUUUGACACCUGCGGUACUGAGUCCCAGCGGAGGAACAACACGGCUGUCAUCGUGAGCGUGCUCUACAUCGACUUCUCAGCCGCUGGGCAUGAGGAUGUACACCAGUACGAGGUCCUCUGUGAGCCGCGGCGCAAGGAGGCGGCCGUCCACCUGCUGUCUGGUUCCCACUGGCUCGGUCCCUAUGCCGCCACAGCAGAGCACCUGCAGGAGGCGCUACCUGGGGAUGAAGUGGAAGUGCCCGAGGGCUCAGGGACCGUGGUGACCCAGGAUACCAGUGACAUCGUCUUUCUGGGCCUUUGUAUCCUGGCUGGAGUCCUCAUGGUCAUUGCCAUCGUGGUCCUGAUGCUGUUGUGAGCAGGCAGGCUAGAGUCCAGGUAUCUGGCAUCUGUGGGUGGGUGGGUGGAGGCUGGCUGGCUGGAUACUCUCCCAUACGGGUGAGAUGGGGUCUUGCUGACUUGUAGGGACCAUUGGUGAGGUCUGUCUCUCGCAGAAUUGACAACUCCCCCCACCCCCACCCAGUUCUGUUGUGUCCACAGGGGUAGCAGGAAGUCCAGCAGGAGUGGGAAUGAGCAAAAGCUUUGUACACCAUAGUGUGCCGUUCAUGUGCAUGCAGUUUUGGUGAUGCGAUUAUUGUUAACCUCAGAGCUGUUCUGCUGUGCAAAGAACUCUCCUGCAUAGGAUCCCCACUUGCUUUCCUGUUCCAGGACUCAUUGCAGUGCGCCACCAAGUCAGGGCACCCCACUUCUUUUCCCAGGUAACUGCUCACCCUCCCCCAGCCUCCAUUAGCAAGGUCAAUAGUAUCCCUCCAGGGGGACCUCACCCUUUUGAACUGACCCAAG